CUUCCUGUGGUUUGCCAUUUUCGGCUUUUUGACAGAGCUCCGGCUUUCUUUUCUUGUGUUCCUUACUCCGGCGUGUUUGUCUGUUUGUUUUUAUACAUUAUUAUUAUUUUUAUUUUUUUUUACUGGAUUUUUAUUAGAAAACCGGACAGCAGUUCUGCUCUAUAGAAACGCUGAGAAUCUUGAGUUAAACCGUAGGUGUGAAUGAGAGGACAGUUGGUGGAAUUGGUGUUAGCGGGUUGCUAGCGGCUUUUGUUUAGUCAAAGAGGUUAGCAUAGCGCUUAGCUUAGCUCAACUGGCACUUUCAUUACCUUUUCAGCUAGUGUAACUUAUAUUAAAGUAAAUGACAAGGUCGUGUGUCUGAGUUCAGGCUGGUUAAAAAGCUGUGGCAUUGUAUUUUUAUUUCAGGGUUUGUUGUGAGAUUUUGUGCCAUACUCAGGGUAAGGUGUGUGUGUGUUCAGGUGUGCGUGUGUGUGUUUGUGUGUGUGUGAACCGUUUUAAAAAAGAAUUAUACAAAACGGAGCAGUUUAGUGAGCUCAAUAUGAGUUAUAAACCCAUCGCUCCGGCACCUGUGGGCUCCAAUCACACACCUCCAGGGUCAUGUGGCUCAUCUCCGUCUCUGCCCUCGGCCUCCACCUUUAGACCAGCAUUCAGUGACUUUGGUCCACCGUCCAUGGGCUUUGUACCGCCAGUGAAAGUGUCUCAGGGCUCCACCUACAGUGAGCUGCUCUCUGUUAUAGAGGAGAUGAGUCGAGAAAUCAGGCCCACGUACGCCGGCAGUAAAAGUGCCAUGGAGAGACUGAAAAGAGGAAUCAUCCACGCCCGAGCUCUAGUGAGGGAGUGUCUAGCUGAAACUGAGCGCAGCGCUCGCACAUAACAUACACCUACACCUCUCUGUACACUCUUUCUUUCUCUGUACACAUUUCCUUUUCUCUCUCACAAAAACACACACACACAAUUUUACACACCCCUCUUCCUUAUAGUUACUUUUGUAAUUUCAAACUUUUUGCAGUUCUGUAUUUAAAUGCAAAUAAAAAUCCGGUUUUGCAAUUAAA